GUUACUUCACUAACGGCACGGAGAAGGUGAGGUACGUGGAGAGGCACUUCUACAACCGGGUGCAGGAUGUGAUGUUCGACAGCGACGUGGGGCACUACGUGGGGUUCACCCCCUUUGGGGAGAUGAAUGCCAAGUACUGGAACAGCGACCGGGAAUAUAUGGAGGACAGACGGGCUUCGGUGGACACGUACUGCCGGCACAACUACGGGCUUGCUGCCCCGUACCUCCCGGAGCGCCGAG